GGUUCCUUGCAGCAGCAGCUCGAGCAUGGCGUCUGUCUUCCUUGGCGAUCUGAAUGACUUUAUCCAGCCGUCGCAAGCAUGCGUGAAUCCGCUCUUCCUCGCGGGCAAGCAAGCAGAGGAGAGCAAGGCCACGGUCUCGCUGGACAGCGACAUCUACAGCGGGAUCCACCAGGUCGCGAUUGAGCCCGACUUGAUCAAGAGCUCGGCGGCCGACACGGCGAUGGUCUCGCUCAACGACUGCCUCGCGUGCUCGGGCUGCGUGACCUCUGCGGAGACGAUUCUCAUCUCGCAGCAGAGCGCGCAAGAGUUUCGCGCCGCACUUGCUGCGCGCGCACACGACAAGUUUGUGGUUACCAUUUCGCCCCAAGCGCGCGCGUCCAUCGCCGUGCGUUUCAACCUCACGGCGCACGCAGCGCACCUGAAACUCGUGUCCUUCUUCCGCAGCCUCGGCGUCCACGUCGUCUUGGAUACGACGGGCAGUGCCGACAUUGCGCUCCUCGAAGCGCGCACCGAGUUUGUGACGCGCCUCCGCAACCAAACGCUAGUGCCGUGGAAGCGCCCGCCGUCGUCGCGCGCCGUGUCCUCGACCGAGACCGAGUACCUCGAGGCCGGCGCCGAGCCGCCGGCCCACGUCGCGCUGCCGAUGCUCACGUCGGCGUGUCCUGGCUGGGUCUGCUACGCCGAAAAGUCCAACGCCAACGCGCUUCCGUACAUUAGCACGACCAAGUCGCCGCAGCAGAUCACCGGCACACUCGUCAAGCGGCUCUUUUCCCAGCCAACCGACCGCGUUUACCACGCAACGGUCAUGCCGUGCUACGACAAGAAGCUCGAGGCGUCGCGCAACGACUUUCUGGACGCGGCCACCGAGACGCGCGACGUCGACUGCGUCCUCGCGGCGUCCGAGGUCCUCGAUAUGCUGGUGGAGGCCAAUGUCGACUUGGCGGCGCUUCCGGACGCGGUGCUGACGCCGGACGAGCGGCUCUGGAGCGGCGUCGCUGACACGCACCUUGUGGGUGCUACGGAGGGCGAGAUUGGCGCCGGCGGGUACCUCGAGCACAUUUUCCGCUUCGCCGCCAAAGAGCUCUACAACGUCGAUGUUGAGGGCCCGCUGCCGUAUGUGCAAGGCCGGAACGCUGACUUUCGCGAAGUGUCGCUUGUCGUCGACGGCAAAGAGGUGCUCAAGUUUGCACUUGCGUACGGCUUUCGCAACAUCCAAACCGUGCUCAUGAAGAUCAAGCGCAACAAGUGCCCGUACCAGUUUGUCGAGAUCAUGGCCUGCCCAGGCGGCUGUCUCAACGGCGGCGGCCAAGUCAAGCCCGAGUCGGCGGAAGCCAACAAGGCCUUGGUCGAGAAAGUGUAUGCUACGUUCCGAGACCGGACGCUGCGCGCGCCGAGUGCGAACCCAGCGUGCGCACAACUGUACGCAACAUACCUCGACGACACGCCGUUUGGGCAGAAGGCGCGGUCGGUCUUCCAUACGCGGUACCACGCCGUGCCCAAAUUGGAGCUCGCCAACCCCUUUGGUAUCAAAUGGUAAUAACGUAUAGGCCAUUUGCGUGUGAAAAGGGGCAUUUGGUAUCUUGACAUGGCAGUUGGG